AUGACUGACUCAAAAUAUUUUACAACAAAUAAAAAAGGUGAGUCUUAAAACGAUUCUUGGUAUUGUCUUCUUCAAUGACACAUCACCCCCUUGAUCAAGAGUGCAUGCCUAUCAUUAGGCUGGUGUGAACAAUAUUAAACAGUGCAACAUAACUCUUGAUGGAAAUAGAUUGGCUCCUACUCUCCUCACAGACAAAGAAUGUAUGAAAUUACCACUAAACUGUUCAUGAUAAAACUGACAACUGAACUGACAGCUCUACCAGUGUUGCUGGAUGAGAGUAUCAUUCUGUUGUCACACUGGACUGUCACUAACAUUGCAUCUGUAUCCUGUUACAGGGGAGAUCUUUGAGCUGAAGGCAGAGCUGAACAAUGAGAAGAAGGAGAAGAGGAAGGAGGCAGUGAAGAAGGUCAUUGCGGCUAUGACUGUGGGCAAGGAUGUCAGGUACAGUACAGCUGAUUGCAUCCUUUGACAGUUCUGUGUGUUGACCUAUACAUCCCUCUGACAUUAUCUAAUGACAUGGUGUCUGCAGCUUCUGCUCUCCAAACACUGUUCAGCAAUUACUUUUACUUUAAUGUAAAAGAGACUGCCUACUUGCUAUAGUUAGCAAGUUAUGUAUGAUAAUCUCUAUUAUUAAAAAUAUUUAAUUGCAAAAUGUUCUGACUUGAUAUGUAGAGUUAUAAUUGCCUCCCUGUCAAAAUAUUGUGAGUUAUAGUGAUGAGCUAACAUUGACGAUGUCCUAUCCCUCUGUCCUUUAGCUCCCUCUUCCCAGACGUGGUGAACUGCAUGCAGACUGACAACCUGGAGCUGAAAAAGCUGGUCUACCUGUACCUGAUGAACUACGCCAAGAGCCAGCCCGACAUGGCCAUCAUGGCUGUCAAUAGCUUUGUCAAGGCAAGGCCUUUUAUUUUUUGAUACAUGGUUUUCCACUUGCUUUGGCUUUUAACAUAUUACACAGCCUAGCCAUUACAAUACUGCACUUCCCUACCCAUAGAUAUCUUACCUCUCUCUCCCUCAGGACUGUGAGGACCCUAACCCCCUGAUCCGGGCCCUGGCCGUGCGCACCAUGGGCUGCAUCCGCGUGGACAAGAUUACAGAGUACCUGUGUGAGCCGCUGAGGAAGUGUCUGAAGGACGAGGACCCAUACGUGAGAAAGACGGCAGCAGUGUGCGUGGCAAAGCUCCACGACAUCAACGCCCAGAUGGUGGAGGACCAGGGUUUCCUGGACUCCCUCAGGGACCUCAUUGCCGACUCCAACCCCAUGGUAUGUAAGGCUGGCAGUAGGCCCCUAGGCACAACCCAGACUAUGUACAUAUCUGUGUGUAUAUCAUAUCUAUGUACAUACAUGUCAGGCGAAAUUCUCAGACUUUUCUUAUACACUUCAUUCGUGGGCCUGGGGUAAUUUAAAAACAGCCUGUAAGGGUGUUUUUCCAAUACCUGUUUCAACAGAGUUAGUCAUGAUUAAUACUAUUUCCCCUAUGAAAGGCUUUGCUCACCAUGCCAGACAAGACCGAGUACAUCAUGUUUUCCUAAUCACUGGCCACUGUGUCUGAACCUCCAGGUGGUGGCCAACGCGGUGGCAGCUCUGUCUGAGAUCAGUGAGUCCCACCCCAACAGCAACCUGCUGGACCUCAACCCACAGAACAUCAACAAGCUGCUGACGGCCCUCAACGAGUGCACCGAGUGGGGCCAGAUCUUCAUCCUGGACUGCCUGUCCAACUACAACCCCAAAGACGAGCGCGAGGCCCAGAGGUACGCACACACGUUUUGUCGGCCCUUCAAACAAAUAGAUUAACUGAGUUAGUUCUGAAAACUUUUUGGAUUUUCUAUUUUUUUAAAAUAGAAACUAAACUUAAAGCUGACUUAGUUGUCAGAGUAACAUAUUUGCAAUACUCAUCCAAGUUUUGUUUUGUGAGAACUUUUAAAUGUUUGUUUGCAAAUGUCUAAAUCCUGCUUCAUGGUACUAUGCUGCCCAAAGGUCUUGUGAAAUUUAUAUUUUCUUCUACUUUAUGGUUGCCAGCCAAUACAUUUCUCGUCUUAGCCACACCAGUGCCACAUACAAGGGAAACAAACUGAGACAUUGCUGUGCUCCACUGUUUAUAUGCCCUUGCUGUUUGUUUAAAUGUGGUUACACAGUAUCACAUCAAUCAUUCUAAAUAGGGUCUAGAGAUGCACAAACUUGCAUAUAUUCAUCCCAAUAUGUACAUAAACAUACAGACCACCAGAUCCGUAUAAUUGCCUUAUCAAAAAAUACAACAAGUAGUUAUCUCCUGUGCUGGUAGUUGUGAUAAAUCUCCACAAUAAGUCCUGUGGACUAAAUCUUUAUCAGCUGCUGCGUUUGUGCAUACAUUCACUUGUUAUGGUGUUGUCAACUUUUAAUGACUUUGUAAUAUAUGGAUUGCACUAAUAAACCUGUCUGUCCUCCACUUUCUCUCCCAGCAUCUGCGAGCGGGUCACGCCCCGUCUCUCCCACGCCAACUCGGCGGUGGUGCUGUCGGCUGUCAAGGUGCUGAUGAAGUUCCUGGAGCUGCUGCCCAAGGAGUCGGACUACUACAACACCCUGCUGAAGAAGCUGUCCCCACCGCUGGUCACCCUUCUCUCUGGGGAGCCAGAGGUCCAGUAUGUGGCCCUCAGGAAUAUCAACCUCAUCGUCCAGAAAAGGUCAGGGGGCAACUUGCUGAUAAAUACUUUAUUGUAGGGCUGGGCGAUUUUACGAUUGCAUCGUCUAUCGAUGAUGUUUGACAGCCAUUGUCUAUGGUGACGACAUCGUGAUGUUCAAACGAUGUUGUAGCAUAUUUGAACUUGACUGCACAGCCGGUGUCUGGCAGCACACAACAGCACAGCGCAGUGAGCACACAGCAGGGCAACAUGCCCAAUGGCCCAUUCCCUAUUUGCCAUAUUUAGUAUUUAUUAGGAUCCCCAAUUAGCUGCCGCCGAGGCAGUGGUUACUUUUCCUGGGGUCCAAACAGGAAACAACAUAACAAAUCAAAUACAUAAUAUACAUAGCACUACAUUUACAUCACAAUUUAGCCAUUCAGCAGACGCUCCCACCCAGAGCGACCCACAGCUAGUGCAUUCAUCUUAAGAUAGCCAGGCGAGACAACCACAUCUCACAGUCAUAUUCCAACCACGUAUCACAUACAUAAUGCAAAAUACAAUACAAUAUGCAUAAAAAUGUCAGUGUCUCUUCACAAUCCCUGUCGUGCCGUAAGGUGUUCUUUUAUCUGUUUUUUAAAAUCUGUUUUCUUUUGCUAGCUUGAGUUACCUGGGGUGGCAGAGAGUUCCAUUUAGUCAUGGCUCUAUUUAAUACUGUGUGUUUCCCAUCCUCUGUUCUGGACCUGGGGACUGUGAAGAGACCUCUGGUUGCAUGUCUUGUGUGAUACCGAUGAGUGUCCGAACUGUGUGCCAACUGCUUGAACAGACAGCUUGGUACCUUCAAUACAUCAACACCUCGCACAAAGACCAAUAGUGAUGCAGUCAAUCUCUCCUCAACUUUGAGCCAGGAGAGAUUGACAUGCAUGUCAUUGACAUUAGCCCUCCGUGUACAUCUAAGUGCAAUACGUGCUGCUCUGUUUUGGACCAACUGCAAUUUGCCUAUGUCCUUCUUUGCCGCACCUGACCACACAACUGGACAGUAGUCCAGGUGAGACAAACUAGGGCCUGUAGUACCCGUCUGAUUGACCUAGAUAUCAAGAAAGUAGAGCAACGCCUUAUCAUGGACAGACCUCUUCCCAUUUUAGUAACCAUUUGAGUCUAUAUGUUUUGACCAUGAUAGCUUGCUAUCUAGGGUGACACCCAGCAGUUUAGUCUAUUCAACUUGCUCAAUAGGCACAUUAUUAAAUAAUAGAUCCAGAUGAUGCUUUGAGUUUUUUAAAUAUUUUGCAUCAGCCAAUUGCUAGUUACCCAUUCUAAAACUGACUGGAGCGCUAUGUUAAGGGUGUCAGUUAUUUAUUUUACUGUUGCAGCCGACGUGUAUUCUGCUGAGUCGUCAGUGUACAUGGACACAGGCUUUAUUCAAGGUCAGUGGAAAGUCAUUAGUAAACACAGAAAACAAUAAUGGUCCAAGCCGGCUACCCUGCGGUACACCACACUCAACCGAAUUUGCAUUAGAGAGGCUUCCAUUAAAGAAAACCCUCUGUGUUCUAUUGACUAGGUAACUUUCCAUCCAUGAUAAGGCAGAGGAUGUUAAUUCAUAACACCUACGUUUUUCCAGCAAUAUGUUAUGGUCAAUGACAUACACAUACAAAUGACAACAUCAUACAAACAUCAACAACAUCACACCAACCCAGACCCACUAGCACACAUCCCCAUCUCCAGCGCCCGCAUCACUUUCCGACACAUGGCCUGAAACGGCACCAUUUUUUUCUUGCCGUAGCCCACACACUUUCAAUAUUUUAACAAUAAAUCAUUAGAUUUUUCCAUCGUGUUAAUGAUGGCGGUUUGAUUGAUUUCCACGUUUUUAGUAUACGUUUUUUCAAGAUGAGUGAUGAGAAGAGAAUCGUCCAACCCAUCGGGUAUCUCACUACACCCAUGUAUGCCAUGACUUGAAAUAUGCAGACAGACGGAUUAAAAGUAUGUUUACAUUGUAAUACUUCUGACAGCCAACUUUCUAGCUCCACCCACAACUUCUGGACUUUAUAGCGUUCCCAGAAAGCAUGGAUUAUUGAGUCAUUAUUAGUAUUACACUUAAGACAUGACUCUGCCGUUGUGCUGUAGAAUUUGUACAUUUUGUCUCUUGUAUAAUAAAUUCUACACAUUAGCAUAUACUGGAUUAAGUGUCCAUUUUCAUUAACUGUAAUUUCGUUAGUUAUGCUCCAACUUUCCCUCCAUCUAGUGCCAACAUCAGUUCUUUUUAAGUCUUGGCUCUAAUAGUUUAUAUAUUUUUUUCUAAGAGAUUGUCAGUUGGAUAUGCUCUCUGCAAUGUUUUGUAUAUUUCCCUUAUCAUAUGAACAUCCUUUCUGACUCAAAUAAGAUUCCCUAAAUUUGCUAAUCUUGUCAACAAAAAAGUUUAUGAAGUGGUUGGCAAUAUCAAAGGGUUUUGUUAUGAUGAAGGGUGGAGCUGAGUUAGCUGCCUAAAAUUUCAUUUAAGGUACUCCAGAGCUUUUUACUAUCAUUCUUUAUAUCAUUUAUCUUUGUUCCAUAGCCUACAUUUUCAGUACAUACAGUACCAGUCAAAAGUUUGGACACACCUACUCAUUCAAGGGUUUUUCUUAAUUUUUACUAUUUUCUACAUUGUAGAAUAAUAGUGAAGACAUCAAAACUAUGAAAUAACACAUAUGGAAUUAUGUAAACUCAGCAAAAAAAGAAACGUCCUCUCACUGUCAACUGCGUUUAUUUUCAGCAAACUUAACAUGUGAAAAUAUUGGUAUGAAUAUAACAAGAUUCAACAACUGAGACCCAAACUGAAGAAGUUCCACAGACAUGUGACUAAAAUAAAUUGAAUAAUGUGUUCCUGAACAAAGGGGGGGUCAAAAUUAAAGUGACACACCGCCCCAGACCAUGACGGACCCUCCACCUCCAAAUCGAUCCCGCUCCAGAGUACAGGCCUCGGUGUAACGCUCAUUCCUUCAACGAUAAACACGAAUCCGACCAUCACCCCUGGUGAGACAAAACCGCGACUCGUCAGUGAAGAGCACUUUUUGCCAGUCCUGUCUGGUCCAGUGACAGUGGGUUUGUGCCCAUUGGCGACGUUGUUUCCGGUGAUGUCUGGUGAGGACCUGCCUUACAACAGGCCUACAAGCCCUAAGUCCAGCCUCUCUCAGCCUAUUGCGGACAGUCUGAGCACUGAUGGAGGGAUUGUGCGUUCCUGGUGUAACUUGGGCAGUUGUUGUUGCCAUCCUGUACCUGUCCCGCAGGUGUGAUGUUCGGAUGUACCGAUCCUGUGCAGGUGUUGUUACACGUGGUCUGCCACUGCGAGGACGAUCAGCUGUCCGUCCUGUCUUCCUGUAGCGCUGUCUUAGGCGUCUCACUGUACGGACAUUGCAAUUUAUUGCCCUGGCCAUAUCUGCAGUCCUCAUGCCUCCUUGCAGCAAGCCUAAGGCACGUUCACGCAGAUGAGCAGGGACCCUGGGCAUCUUUCUUUUGGUGUUUUUCAGAGUCAGUAGAACGGCUUCUUUAGUGUCCUAAGUUUUCAUAACUGUGACCUUAAUUGCCUACCGUCUGUAAGCUGUUUGUGUCUUAAUGACCGUUCCACAGGUGCAUGUUCAUUCAUUGUUUAUGGUUCAUUGAAAAAGCAUGGGAAACCCUUUAAACCCUUUAAAAUUAAGAUCUGUGUUUAUUUUGAUUUUUACGAAUUAUCUUUGAAAGACAGGGAAAAAUGAACAUUUAGUAACCAAAGAAGUGUUAAACAAAUCAAAAUAUAUUUUAUAUUUGAGAUUCUUCAAAUAGCCACCCUUUGCCUUUAUGACAGCUUUGCACACUCUUGGUAUUCUCUCAACCAGCUUCACCUGGAAUGCUUUUCCAACAGUGUUGAAGGAGUUCCCACAUAUGCUGAACACUUGUUGGCUGCUUUUCCUUCACUCUGCCGUCCGACUCAUCCCAAACCAUCUCAAUUUGGUUGAGGUCGGGUGAUUGUGGUGGCCAGGUCAUCUGAUGCAGCACUCCAUCACUCUCCUUCUUGGUAAAAUAGACCUUACACAGCCUGGAGGUGUUUUGGGUCAUUGUCCUGUUGAAAAACAAAUGAUAGUCCCACUAAGCCCAAGCCAGAUAGGAUGGCGUAUCGCUGCAGAAUGCUGUGUUAGUCAUGCUGGUUAAGUGUGCCUGGAAUUCUAAAUAAAUCACAGACAGUGUCACCAGCAAAGCACCCCCACACCAUAACAUCACCUCCUCCAUGCUUUAUGGUGGGAACUACACAUGCAGAGAUCAUCCGUUCACCCACACCGCGUCUCACAAAGACACGGCGGUUGGAACCAAAAAUCUCAAAUUUGGACUCCAGACCAAAGGACACAUUUCCACCGGUCUAAUGUCCAUUGCUGAUGUUGAGAUGUGUCUGUGACUUGAACUCUGAAGCAUUUAUUUGGGCUGCAAUUUCUGAGGCUGGUAACUCUAAUGAACUUAUCCUCUGCAGCAGAGGUAACCCUGGGUCUUCCAUUCCUGUGGCGGUCCUCAUGAGAGCCAGUUUCAUCAUAGCGCUAGAUGGUUUUUGCGACUGCACUUGAAGAAACUUUCAAAGUUCUUGAAAUGUUCCGUAUUGACUGACCUUCAUGUCUUAAAGUAAUGAUGGACUGUUGUUUAUCUUUGCUUAUUUGAGCUGUUCUUGCCAUAAUAUGGACUUGGUCUUUUACCAAAAAAUGGCUAUCAUCUGUAUACUCCCCUACCUUGUCACAACACAACUGGUUGGCUCAAACGCAUUAAGAAGGGAAGAAGUUCCACAAAUUAACUUUUUAGAAGGCACACCUGUUAAUUGAAAUGCAUUCCAGGUGACUACCUCAUGAAGCUGGUUGAGAGAAUACCAAGAGUGUGCAAAGCUGUCAUCAAGGCAAAUGGUGUCUAUUUGAAGAAUCUCAAAUAUAAAAUAUAUUUUGAUUCAUUUAACACUUUUUUGGUUACUACAUGAUUCCGUAUGUGUUAUUUCAUAGUUUUGAUGUCUUCACUAUUAUUCUACAAUGUAAAAAUAAAGAAAAACCCUUGAAUGAGUAGGUGUGUCCAAACUUUUGACUGGUACUGUAUGUGGUAGUUAGACUAUUAACAUAAUGCAAGAGAACAAUGUAGAUUGUAGAAAGAGCAGCGAGCACCAAAGCAGCGCGAAAUGUCAGAUAGGGCCUAACAUGUUUUUUUCCCCCCUCUCCAAUGUCGGGUGAUCAUGGGCCUUUUCCGUUGUCUGGCUUAUUGUUUUAAUAUCUUAAUUUCCCUUUUUCUCCCCAAUCCCCAUUCAAUUUUAACUUGGCAUAGCAUACUCUUUCAUUAUCAACCAUCAAAUGAAUGUUUAGGCCUAACAGAGUUCCAUCUCAGAAAGUUGUUUGCGAAUAGCCUAAAUAAAAACAUAGUAUAGUAAUAAUGAGAGAGAGAAUAAACAAUUGCAAGAUAAACUAAUCGAAUAGGAAAUUGACCAAAGUGUAGGCAAAAUAGAUUGUGCUGUCAGAAACUUCCUCCAUGCAAACCAAAUAGCCAAUAAUAGGCUAUAGCCUACACAUAGGCUACUUCAAUAAAAGUUACAGUAGGCUAAAUGUUACUUUUACAAGUUAAACUUAUAAACUAAUAUUGUCAGUGUUUAUUCGUGUCCUUGAAUUGCGCUAUGGGCAAUCGAGCAUAAGCUCCCACAGCAGCACUUUCAAUAAGCGGGAACAAAACAUAAAUGAAUGAUGAGUCGGUGUCGUAGUUGUCUCACAAACAAUUUUAGUUUGAAUAGCUUACAAAUUGUGCAUUUAUAUAAAAGUCAACAAUAGUCAGAUAAAACAAAUUAUUAUUUAGCCUAUAACAUUCUUUAUAAUACUUAGGCUAAGAACGAAUAGGCCUAUUAUCCUUAGGCAAUGCCUUUUGCCUAUCGAAAUGUAAAAAUUCAAAAUAUACUAUCCGAUAUAACAAAUGAUUAUUAAUACAAUUCUUUAUAACGCUUAAAAACGAAUGAACAUUGGCAUAGGCUAAAAUCUAAUAGGACUAUUAGGAUAUGCCUAUCGAACUGUACACAUCUUAAAUAUAGGCCUAGAAGUUACAAAAUAAAUAAAUUAGCCUAAACAAAAUAAGAAUGAAAGUAACCUAAAUGAGUGCAAAAAAACUAACAGUGCAAAUAAGUCUUAGUAAAGUACAAUGAGGAACCAUUAGGUCUAGUUGUUUUUUACCAUGUCUUAGUCCUACCUAAAGGUUUCUGGCAAGGAACACCAACAUGUUCACCUUUUCUGCCCUAGAGAAGCAAACUCAGGAGGAUGAUGGACUUGUAAAUGUUGACAGAGGUUUGUAGUUUGUCCAUCCUUUGCCCAUCCUUUGCCCUGAUAAUCUUUUUGCGUAUUCUGCAAGUGACUUCGGUCAGAACUGCCAAUAGGCAAAGAAAUUAUUUCUUUCCCACCAGGUCAGCCAUAAUUUUUUUUCUGAUUUAGCGCAAGGCAGGCUAUACUAUAGGUACUAAGUGAAAUCCCAUCCCAUCCCUUUUUUUUUUUUUGCAGACAAACUGUCAAAGUAGCCUAAUGGAAGAAUGUUGCAAAUGCGCUUACCCAGAUGAUCAAGAUUAAAUAACAAUAGCCUACACUUGAUAUGGCUAUAAUAUUCAUUUUUAAUAGGUAGGCUAAUAUAACUGAUAUCUGAGUAUUUUUAUGGACAAGAGAGAAACAUAGCCCUACCAAUUUGAAAACCUAGACUAGCCUCCAAGGGAUCAGGGCUGGAACAGAGCCAUCCAAAUGUAGUUUGCUGAUGUCAACGUUGUGAACCCCAUGGUGGCGGUGGGGUUAUGGUAUGGGCAGGCAUAAGCUACGGACAUGAAAACAAUUGCAUUUUAUCGAUGGCAAUUUGAAUGCACAGAGAUACCGUGACGAGAUCCUGAGGCCCAUUGUCGUGCCAUUCAUCCGCCGCCAUCACCUCAUGUUUUAGCAUGAUAAUACACGGCCCCAUGUCAGAAGGAUCUGUACACAAUUCCUGGAUGCUGAAAAUGUCCCAGUUGUUCCAUGGCCUGCAGACUCACCAGACAUGUCACCCAUUGAGCAUGUUUGGGAUGCUCUGGAUCGACGUGUAGGACGGCAUGUUCCAGUUCCCGCCAAUAUCCAGCAACUUCACAAAGCUAUUGAAGAGGAUUGGGACAACAUUCCACAGGCCACAAUCAACAGGCUGAUUAACUCUAUGUAUUAGGAGAUGUCGCGCUGCAUGAGGCAAAUGGUGGUCACACCAGAUACUGACUGGUUUUCUGAUUCACGCCCCUAACUUUUUUCUUUUAGGGUAUCUGUGACCAACAGAUGCAUAUCUGUAUUUCCAGUCAUGUGCAAUCCAUAGAUUAGGGCCUAAUGAAUUUAGUUAAAUUGACUAAUUUCCUUCUAUGAACUGUAACUCAGUAAAAUCUUAGAAAUUGUUGCAUGUUGCGUUUUUAAAUUUUUGUUCAGUGUAUUUCUUUUAAAUUGUUGGACAUAAAAGACUGUAAAAACACCAGCAGGUCAGCUCCAAGUGAUUUUAGUUUUGGAAAUCUGUUCCAAAGUAUUCCCACGCAUAAUAGAGAUAUAUACUGUAUGUGAUCGUAUACAAAUGCAAGCAAGGUUUGAAAUUAUUAUGUUUUAGUCAAAUAUUAUAUCUGUUUCGGCUUCUUACGGUCAAUUUGCAGUCCUGACCAUCCGCUCAAGAAAAUAUCAGCCCACGGCUGAAUCUAGUUAAUUAUCCCUUGUUUAGCCCUUUCUAAAUUAAUCCUUCAGUGAUGUGGAAUGUUUGAUGUUAGAUAAGACUGUUUCGUUAAGAUGUUUUGGCACAAUGUUUUAGUUUUGUGCCAUCCUCACUUCCUUGCCACUAGAUGACAGCAUGUAUCUUCCUAUGUACCCUUCCCCUCUCUCAGCUCUGUUGGUUCAGAUUAGGACCAGAUGGAUAGAUCGAUGUUCUGUUCCUAUAAUAAAUGUCAUCUCUACUCUUUAGGCCUGAGAUCCUGAAGCAGGAGAUCAAGGUGUUCUUUGUCAAGUACAAUGACCCCAUCUACGUAAAACUUGAGAAACUGGACAUCAUGAUUCGCCUGGCCUCCCAGGCCAACAUAGCCCAGGUACCGCUCAUGGAACCCCAUACCUCAGUCAAUGGAAGUCUACAAUGAGUGUACAAAACAUUAUGAACACCUUCCUAAUAUUGAGUUGCACCCCCUUUUGCCCUCAGAACAGCCUCAAUUCGUCAGGGCAUGGACUCUACAAGGUGUCGAAAGCGUUCCACAGGGAUGCUGGCCCAUGUUGAUGCCAGUGCUUCCCACAGUUGUGUCAAGUUGGCUGGAUGUCCUUUGGGUGGUGGACCAUUCUUGAUACACAGGUGAAACUGUUGAGCGUGAAAAACCCAACAGUGUUGAAGUUCUUGACACACUCAAACCAGUGUGCCUGGCACCUACCAGGGUUCGUAUUGUCAUGAAAAUCCUGAAAAAGUCAUGGCAUUUUUAAAUGGUGUUUUCCAGGCCUGGAAAAGUUUUGGAGAAUCUGAAAUGUUUUGGAAAAGUCAUGGAAAUUGUUAAUAAUUUCUGUUGAUGUAAUUUAUUUAGGCACAGUUAAAUAUUUUAUCAAUCAAAUAUAAUCAACAUAUUAGCCAGGAUCGGUAUGCAUAGUGCAAGACAAGUGGGCCGUUGCUCAAGGAGUGAGAGACAGUCGGACAUUGCAUCAGCAGGUAGGCCUAUAAAAUAUAAUAGAGAACAGAUUACAUCAAUGAUGGUCAACCAUCCUCCAGGAGAGCUUAUGGGUGUGCAGGUUUUUAUUCCAGUCCCUCUCUGACAAACCACAGUUUAGAAAUGAACUGCUCAACCGGACCUUGAUAAACUGGCCCUGAUGUGUUUGAGCAGGGCUUGAUCAAAAGCCUGAACACCCAGUAGCUCUCCAGACUGAGGGCUGACCACGUGUUUUAUACAGUUGCCUAACAGGUGUUCUACUUUGUGGGGGGGUUAAGUGCCUUGUACAGUGACAGGAGAUGGUACAUGGGAUCAGAGAGCAGCCUCCCAGUGUCGAUACCACAUUACGCUUUUUUAUAAGUACAUAGAGAUGCCAACAAUUGUUGGCCAUGGACAUUUGGUUAAAGGUCAUGAAAUUCCAUCUGUCAAAAUGUGUAUAAACCCUGCUACUACCAUUCAAAGGCACUUAAAUAUUUUCUUGCCCAUUCACCCUCUGAAUGGCACACAUACACAAUCCAUGUCUCAAUUGUCUCAAAGCUUAAAAAUCCUUCUUUAACCUGUCUCCUCCCUUCAUCUACGCUGAUUGAAGUGACAUCAAUAAGGGAUCAUAGCUUUCACCUGGUCAGUCUGUCAUGGAAAGAGCAGGUGUUCCUAAUGUUUUGUUCACUCAGUGUAUAUUAGGGUGUUCAUUUCUCAUGAUUUACUGUACAUCAUUAUAUACUUAGUCACUCUACACAGAAAACUAUCGUUGUACCAUUUUGGUGAAGCUAGCUCAGUACUGUGUAUGUUUAUUUUUUAUACUGUAUAUGUUUGACUUAUAAUAAUGGUAUUGGCCCUCAGAAAUAUAACGUUUUGUUAACAUAACAACAUGGCCCUCAGAAAGCAUAGCUUAUUCAAAACCCGACUUCCAUCCAUCUGUUCAGCCGCACCUCUAUAUCGAAGACUAAUUUCAACAGAAACGUUCAUAUCCCAAUGCUUCACUCCUAAUCAGUCUUAGCUGGUGCUCUGAGCGGCAUCCUGUCAGACGAUGCCUUAAUGAACACAUGUUUUAGAUAGCGGAUGUGCUCGCUUCCUUCGCGGUUAAGAGCCGAGAUAGCUGUCAGCGUGAUUGACAGCUAAGGCAGGCUCAGACAAGCUCGCUGUAAAUGAGCCAUUACAGUCCAACAGAGACACACUCCCUGGAUAAACACUGUCUAUGAGGGAGGCUUUGGUAGCUUCUCUGACUGGCCUUGGGUAGCUUAGCCUUGUCUGCGUACACAAUUUACUAACCUCAACCUUAUCUCCUCAACCUAUUCGCUUACAGUGUCAAGAUGUUUGCUUGUCCUCACAACGUGUGUUUGUGUCAUGUUUUUCACUCAUAUGCCCUGCUCUCUCCCCAGGUGUUGGCUGAGCUGAAGGAGUACGCCACCGAGGUGGACGUUGACUUUGUGCGUAAGGCAGUGAGGGCCAUCGGACGCUGUGCCAUCAAAGUGGAGGUUGGAAUCUGAGACACCAUCAUAGACGGACACACAGAGGAUCUCUGAUCAAUGUCUAUCUGAAAUUCAGAUUUUAUAGCUGUUCCAUAAAAGUGCCAUCCAAUCCUAUAAAGUUGUUUGAAGGAGUUUAAACGAGGUACUUUGGCCACUGUGAUUUUUAAAAAUGUUGGGUCAGUGUUGACUCUGUUCCUGUUGUCUCCUUUUUAGCAAUCUGCUGAGCGCUGUGUUAGCACCCUGCUGGACCUCAUCCAGACCAAGGUGAACUAUGUGGUGCAGGAGGCCAUCGUGGUCAUCAGGGACAUAUUCCGCAAAUACCCCAACAAGUAGGUGUCCUUUUUCCUCCGUUCCCGAUAAUUAUCAAUGAAGUUGGAGAUUUCUUUCCUCAUUCUUUUCUUUUGUUUUUCAGUAGGGGCUAUACUGCCCCUGUCUGUCUAUACAAUACCUUUUGUUUUUCAGUAGGGGCUAUACUGCCCCUGUCUGUCUAUACAAUACCUUUUGUUUUUCAGUAGGGGCUAUACUGCCCCUGUCUGUCUAUACAAUACCUUUUGUUUUUCAGUAGGGGCUAUAUUGCCCCUGUCUGUCUAUACAAUACCUUUUGUUUUUCAGUAGGGGCUAUACUGCCCCUGUCUGUCUAUACAAUACCUUUUGUUUUUCAGUAGGGGCUAUACUGCCCCUGUCUGUCUAUACAAUACCUUUUGUUUUUCAGUAGGGGCUAUACUGCCCCUGUCUGUCUAUACAAGACCUUUUGUUUUUCAGUAGGGGCUAUACUGCCCCUGUCUGUCUAUACAAUACCUUUUGUUUUUCAGUAGGGGCUAUACUGCCCCUGUCUGUGUCUAUACAAGACCUUUGUACAUCCCCAGGCCCAGACGGACACUAGUAUAUAACCUGACCCUUUGUAUUCUUUCUCUCUCCUCAGGUAUGAGAGCAUCAUCGCCACGCUGUGUGAGAACCUGGACUCUCUGGACGAGCCAGAUGCGCGCGCCGCCAUGAUCUGGAUCGUGGGCGAGUAUGCUGAGAGGAUCGACAACGCCGACGAACUGCUGGAGAGCUUCCUGGAGGGCUUCCAUGACGAGAGCACGCAGGUCAGUUGUCCCAGAGCACUCAGGUCAGUUGUCCCAGAGCAGAUUACUCAGGUCAGUUGUCCCAGAGCACCCAGGUCAGUUGUCCCAGAGCACUCAGGUCAGUUGUCCCAAAGCACUCAGGUUAGUUAUCCCAGAGCAGAGCACCCAGGUUAGUUGUCCCAGAGCACUCAGGUCAGUUGUCCCAGAGCAGAGCACCCAGGUCAGUUGAGGUCAGCAACCCUGGUCCUCUGCCCAGUUUCUAAGCUACCUCUACCCCCAGGACACUUAAUAUAAAUCUGUUGGUUUCAUUUUACAAUCUUAAUGCCAGAUUGCCUGGAUGAUGCGUUUGGGACUUUUACACCCUGACAGAAAUUUAACUAGGGCAAAAACUGGAUUGGAUAUGGUUAUAGCUCCAACUUGCCCUUGUAUGUAAUUUAUGCUAUAUUGCUUUCAUUAAAGUCAUGUUUUCAGUUCUACACAUGUGCCUUAGGGAUAGGGGCUAGGAGUUGAUUUGGUCCAGCCCUAACAGUAAUAACCUUUUAUCUGGGUUUGGCAGCUACUUUCACUAUUUGAGCAGAUAUGAGGUUGGGUCAGACCAUUCACAGCCUUGGGGGUGUGUUGUUUCAGGUCCAGCUCACUCUUCUCACAGCCAUCGUUAAGCUUUUCCUCAAGAAGCCCUCUGAGACUCAGGAGCUGGUACAGCAGGUCCUCAGUCUGGCCACACAGGUGAGACACACACAUACACACACCAACACGUCUCCCUCUUUUUCUUCAAACUGUCCCAAACUUAAACUCAUCACUGUCUAUUCUCAGCUGUGAUUCCUCCCCCUUGUGUCCUCCUAGGACUCCGACAACCCUGACCUGCGUGACAGGGGUUACAUCUACUGGCGCCUGCUGUCCACCGACCCGGUGACUGCCAAGGAGGUGGUCUUGUCCGAGAAGCCCCUGAUCUCGGAGGAGACAGACCUGAUUGAGCCCACCCUGCUGGACGAGCUCAUUUGCCACAUUGGCUCCCUGGCCUCCGUCUACCACAAGCCCCCCAACGCCUUCGUGGAGGGAAGCCACGGCAUCCAUCGCAAGCACCUGCCCAUCCAGCACGGCAGGUGAGACACAGUUACCAGGAAGUUACUCAGUUACCAAAGUCCCAGGAAGACACACUCAGCUAACCUCCAAACAACACGUCCCUCCCCAUCUAGCGCAACACAUAGGCAAUCAUUGCUUACACACAAAUACCAACAUCUGCUCCCCCAUAUAAAUGAAAUAGAAUAUUCAUUACGUACUGUAUAUCUAUGUGCCCUCCUCUCUUCCCACCUCUCAGCAUUGACACAGGCGAGAGCCCUGUGAGCGCAGGGCCAGCAGCCCCUAUUGAACAGGCCCAGUCAGUCAUACCCCUCCCAGGGAGACCUGCUGGGAGACCUACUCAACCUGGACCUGGGUCCCCCCGUCAACGUGCCCCAGGUCUCCUCCAUGCAGAUGGGUGCUGUCGACUUGCUGGGCGGAGGCCUCGACAGCCUG